AUGCUCAAUUCAGAUUCAUGUCUCAAUCAUAUUUUUCUGUUAUCUGUGGACUUCCUACUAUUGUUCAUCUUGUUAGUUGUCCUAGUUUGUAAGAUUUCAUUGAAAAAGUUAUUAUCUUAUGGAAUUCCUAUGUUGUCAAUUUCUUCAACCAUUUUUAAUGGAUGUUUGAGCUUAGGAUACAUAGCAUUUGGAGUAUGGAAGCUUAAAGAGCAACACCAAGAAUAUGAAUUUGUUGUGCUUCUUGUCCAUGGCAUUACAUGGUUAUUUGUAAGUUCAUUCAUUAGCCUAUGCAAGCAACAAACUUUCCUUAUAGUGAAGAUUUAUUCAAUCAUUGCAUUCUUGUUAGCAAUGUUUCUUUGCAUAACAUCUAUGUGGAAAUUUGACAAUGUAAUAGAUAGUACUAAAGCGAUAUUAAAUGCACUAUCUUUUGUUGGAGCAUUACUUUUGCUCUGCAUUGGAUUUAUUAAGGAAAGUGAAUAUGAUGAGACAUUUUAUAAGCCUUUACAAGAAUUUGAAGAUGGAAUUAUUACUCCAUUUGCAAAUGCUGGAUUUCUUGGAAAAUUGUCAUUUUGGUGGUUGAAUCCAUUAAUGAAGAAAGGUAAACGUAAGAUUCUAGAGGACGAAGACGUUCCUCAUCUAAGAUCAGCAGAUGGAGCAGGAACAUGUUUUGACUUGUUCAAUGAGAAAAUGGAUAUGCUAAAAAGAAAAGACCCUUUAGGAAAACCUUCUAUAUUAAUGGCAAUACUCCUCUGCCACAAAAAAUCCAUCCUGAUAUCGGGGGUGUUUGCUCUAAUUAAGAUCUUAAUGCUGACAACAGGACCGUUGUUUCUUCAUACCUUCAUCAAGGUUGCUGAGGGAAGAGAAUCCUUUAAGUAUGAGGGAUUUGCUCUAACAGCUGGCUUUUUCCUUGCGAAAUGCUUGGAAUCUCUAGCGGAGAGGCAAUGGCUCUUCAGAAGUAGACUGAUUGGACUACAAGUAAAAUCUUCAUUGACUGCAGCUAUCUUUCACAAACAACUUCAUGUCUUAAAUGCUGCCAAGAAAACUCAUUCCCCUGGCCAGAUAAUGAACUAUGUGACUGUAGAUGCUCAUAAAAUAGGUGAAUUCCCCUUUUGGUUUCAUCAGAUAUGGACGACAAUUCUUCAGCUUGUCCUAGUGUUAUGUGUAAUGUACUAUUCUAUAGGGGUAGCUGCAUCAGCAGCAUUAGUGAUUGUAAUAUUAACUGUAGUAGUGAAUUCCCCAUUAGCCAAGUUGCAGCUUAAGUAUCAGACUAACCUCAUGAUAGCACAAGAUAAAAGGUUAAAGGCCAUCACAGAAGCACUUGCACAUAUAAAGGUUCUCAAGUUAUAUUCUUGGGAAAAACAUUUCAUGGACGCGAUAAGCAAGUUGAGAUCAGAAGAAACCAAGUGGCUAUCAUCUGUUCAAACACAAAAAGGAUACUACCUCCUCCUGUUCUGGUCAUCUCCUAUUCUGGUCUCAUCUGCAACUUUUGUAGCUUGCUACUUGUUUGGAGUUCCUCUUCAUGUCAGCAAUGUUUUCACAUUUCUAGCCUCCAUAAAGCUUGUUCAAGCUCCCAUUAGAAGACUCCCUGAUGUUGUCGGGGCUUUUAUUGAAGCAAAGGUUUCGCUGUCGAGGAUUGUGAAAUUUCUUGAGGAACCUGACAUGCACACAAGGGAUAUGAAGAAGCAAAGGCAAGAUGAUGUGAACAUUUGUGUAAACUGCACUGAUGUUUCUUGGGAGAUGAAUUCUUUAAAGCCUACAUUAAAGGACAUAAAUCUCACUAUUAAACAUGGUGAAAAAGUGGCUGUAUGUGGUGAAGUUGGCUCAGGGAAAUCUACCCUCUUGUCUCUGAUUCUUGGAGAAGUUCCAUACAUCAAUGGCACAGUUGAUGUUUAUGGAAAGAUAGCUUAUGUUUCUCAGACAGCAUGGAUUCAGACAGGGACCAUCCAAGAAAACAUUCUAUUUGGAUCUAAUAUGGAACCACAAAGGUAUCGGCAAGCUCUAGAAAGGAGUUCACUGGUGAAAGACUUGGAGAUGCUUCCAUUUGGUGAUCUUACUGAGAUAGGAGAAAGAGGUAACAAUUUGAGUGGAGGGCAAAAGCAAAGGGUUCAACUAGCUCGUGCCCUCUAUCAGGAUGCAGAUAUUUACCUCUUGGAUGAUCCAUUUAGUGCUGUAGACGCACAUACCUCGACUAAUCUAUUUAAUGAUUAUGUUAUGGGAGCUCUAUCAGGAAAAACUGUGUUGCUGGUAACACACCAAGUUGAAUUUCUUCCAGCAUUUGAUUCUAUUUUGCUACUAUCUAAUGGGAAGAUCAUGAAAUCUGGUGCGUUUGAUAAGUUGCUAUCAAAGAGUAAGGAAUUUCAGGACCUUGUUAAUGCACAAAAAACUCCUUCUGAUCCUAAAUGUCAAGAAGUUUAUGCUUCUAAUAAAAGUCCUAAAGCUGCUGAGAUAGAGAGUGAUAAUAAUGUUUCUUCCGAGGAACGUGAUGAUGUAGUUUCUUUAGAAGGAGAUCAAUUAAUCAAAGCAGAAGAACGAGAAGUAGGAGAUGCUGGAUUGAAGCCAUACAAACAAUAUCUAAAGCAUUACAAAGGAUUCUUGUAUUUCUCCUUGGCAGCCAUCGCACACACAAUGUUUGUAGUUGGUCAGUAUAUACAGAGUUACAAGUUGGCUAUUGACCUUCAAGAUUCCAGUGUUAGCAGAUUAAAGCUAAUCAACGUCUAUGCAGUCAUUGGUUUUGGUUUAAUAAUCUUUCUGGUUUUAAGAUCCUUCUUAACAGUAAAGAUGGGGCUUGAUGCAUCAAAAUCAGUUUACUCUACACUGUCAAGCUCUCUUUUCUUUGCACCAAUGUCUUUUUUUGACUCAACGCCUUUAGGAAGAAUGCUUAGUCGGGUGUCUUCGGAUUUGAGCAUUGUUGACAUUGAGUUGGCUUUCUUAAUAAACUUUACUGUUGGAUCAAUCAUUAUUCUAUACUCUACCUAUGUCAUCCUGUGUAUUUUCGCUCCAGAGGUCCUUCUGGUUAUCGUGCUUAUGAUUCACGUAACUAUACUAGUUCAGAGAUACUACAAUGCUUCUGCUAAAGAGCUGAUGAGAUUAAAUGGAACGACAAAGUCUUUAGUCGCCAAUCAUUUAGCUGAAAGCAUUUCUGGGAUAAUGACUAUUCGAGCUUUUGGACAGGAAGGUCGUUUCUUUUUGAAGAACUUGGAGUUUAUUGAUAAAAAUGCUAGGCCAAUUUUCCAUACUUUUUCAGCAACUGAAUGGUUAAUUCUACGUUUGGAAAUAAUAUGCACGAUUAUCAUGUCGUCAUGGAUGCUUGGCAUGACUUGGCUUCACAGAGGGAGUUCUAUAUCCGGACUUACUGGAAUGGCAUUCUCCUAUGGCUUAUCACUAAAUGCAAUUCUUGUUUUGUGUGUUCAAUGGCAAUGCACGAUAGCAAAUUCUAUAAUCUCUAUAGAAAGACUAGAACAAUACAUGAGAAUACCUAGUGAAGAAUCUGAAAUACUGCAAAUAAACAGCCCUUUACCUUGUUGGCCUACGCGUGGCAAAGUGGAAAUUCGCGACUUAAAGGUGAGGUACAGGCCAAAUGCUCCAUUAGUUCUUCAAGGUAUUAGUUGUACAUUUGAAGGGGGACAAAAGAUUGGAGUUGUAGGCAGAACAGGCAGUGGGAAAACAACUCUUAUCAGUGCAUUGUUUCGCUUAGUUGAGCCUACAGAUGGAAAGAUCAUCAUCGAUGAAUGUGAUAUUUCAACGAUUAGGCUGCAUGACCUUAGGUCGCGUAUUGGAAUUAUUCCACAAGAUCCUACACUCUUUACAGGUUCUGUAAGAUACAAUUUAGACCCCUUAUCAAAAUAUAGUGAUGACCAGAUAUGGGAAGUUCUUGAUAAGUGUCAGCUUAGAGAGGCUGUCCAAGAAAAAGAAGGGGGUCUAGAUUCCUCUGUUCUACAAGAUGGAUCAAACUGGAGCAUGGGACAGAGACAAUUGUUCUGUCUGGGACGCGCACUGUUGAAGAGAAGUCGAAUUCUAGUGUUAGAUGAAGCCACUGCAUCCAUUGACAAUGCCACAGAUGCAAUUCUGCAGAAAACAAUCAGGCUAGAAUUUGCAGACUGCACAGUUAUAACAGUUGCUCACAGAAUUCCAACAGUAAUGGACUACACUAAAGUUUUAGCAAUAAGUGAUGGGAAUUUGGUUGAGUUUGAUGAGCCAAAGAAGCUGAUAAACAAAGAGGGUUCAUUAUUUGGAAUGCUUGUUAAAGAGUAUUGGGCACGUACACAAAAUCCAGUGCUUCUGGUUGAUGCGUUUGAGCAUGAGUUGAACCCCUCGAGAUACAUAGCAUUUGGAGUAUGGAAGCUUAAAGAGCAACACCAAGAAUUUGAAGUUCUUCUGCUUCUUGUUCAUGGCAUUACAUGGUUAUUUGUAAGUUUAUUCAUUAGUCUAUGCAAGCAACAAACUUUCCUUAUAGUGAAGAUUUAUUCAAUCACUGCAUUCUUGUUAGCAAUGUUUCUUUGUAUAACAUCUAUGUGGAAAUUUAAUUAUAAUCAUGGCAAUGUAAUAGAUACUACUAAAGUGAUAUUAAAUGCACUAUCUUUUCUUGGAGCAAUACUUUUGCUCUGCAUUGGAUUUAUUAAGGAAAGUGAAUAUGAUGAGACAUUUUAUAAUCCUUUACAAGAAUUUGAAGAUGGAAUUACUUCAUUUGCAAAUGCUGGAUUUCUUGGAAAAUUGUCAUUUUGGUGGUUGAAUCCAUUAAUGAAGAAAGGUAAAAGUAAGAUUCUUGAGGAGGGAGACGUUCCUCGUCUAAGAUUAGUCGAUGGAGCAGGAACAUGUUUUGAUAUGUUCAAUGAGAAAGUGCAGAUGCUAAAAAGAAAAGACCCUUUAGGAAAACCAUCUAUAUUAAUGGCAAUACUCCUCUGCCACCAAAAAUCCAUCCUGAUAUCGGGGGUGUUUGCUCUUAUUAAGAUCUUAAUGCUGACAACAGGACCGUUGUUUCUUCAUACGUUCAUCGAGGUUGCUGACGGAAGAGAAUCCUUUAAGUAUGAGGGAUAUGCUCUAUCAGCCGGAUUUUUCCUUGCAAAAUGCCUGGAAUCUCUAGCAGAGAGGCAAUGGCUCUUCAGAAGUAGACUGAUUGGACUACAAGUAAAAUCUUCACUGACUGCAGCUAUCUUUCACAAACAACUUCAUGUCUUAAAUGCUGCCAAGAAAACUCAUUCCCCUGGCCAGAUAAUGAACUAUGUCACUGUAGAUGCUCAUAAAAUAGAUGAAUUUCCCUUUUGGUUUCAUCAGAUAUGGACGACAAUUCUUCAGCUCGUCCUAGUGUUAUGUGUAAUGUACUAUACUAUAGGGAUAGCUGCAUCAGCAGCAUUAGUGAUUAUAAUAUUAACUGUACUAGUUAAUUCCCCAUUAGCCAAGUUGCAGCUGAAGUAUCAGACUAACCUCAUGAUAGCACAAGAUAAAAGGCUAAAGGCCAUCACAGAAGCACUUGCGCGUAUGAAGGUUCUCAAGUUAUAUUCUUGGGAAAAACAUUUCAUGGACGCGAUAAGCAAGUUGAGAUCAGAAGAAACCAAGUGGCUAUCAUCUGUUCAAACACAAAGAGGAUACUACCUCCUCCUGUUCUGGUCCUCUCCUAUUCUGGUCUCAUCUGCAACUUUUGUAGCUUGUUACUUGUUUGGAGUUCCUCUUCAUGUCAGCAGUGUUUUCACAUUUCUAGCCUCUAUAAGACUUGUUCAAUUGCCCAUUAGAAAUCUCCCUGAUGUUGUCGGGGCUUUUAUUGAAGCAAAGGUUUCGCUGUCGAGGAUUGUGAAAUUUCUUGAGGAACCUGACAUGCACACAAGGGAUAUGAAGAAGCAAAGGCAAGAUGAUGUGAACAUUUGUGUAAACUGCACUGAUGUUUCUUGGGAGAUGAAUUCUUUAAAGCCUACAUUAAAGGGCAUAACUCUCGAUAUUAAACAUGGUGAAAAAGUGGCUGUAUGUGGUGAAGUUGGCUCAGGGAAAUCUACCCUCUUGUCUCUGAUUCUUGGAGAGUUCCAUACAUCAAAGGCACAGUAAGUUUUUAUUGUUGAUGUUUAUGGAAAGAUAGCUUAUGUUUCUCAGACAGCAUGGAUUCAGACAGGGACCAUACAAGAAAACAUCCUAUUUGGAUCAAAUAUGGAACCACAAAGGUAUCGGCAAGCUCUAGAAAGGAGUUCACGGGUGAAAGACUUGGAGAUUCUUCCAUUUGGUGAUCUUACUGAGAUAGGAGAAAGAGGUAACAAUUUGAGUGGAGGGCAAAAGCAAAGGGUUCAACUUGCUCGUGCCCUCUAUCAGGAUGCAGAUAUUUACCUCUUGGAUGAUCCAUUUAGUGCUGUAGACGCACAUACCUCGACUAAUCUAUUUAAUGAUUAUGUCGUGGGAGCUCUAUCAGGAAAAACUGUUCUGCUGGUAACACACCAAGUUGAAUUUCUUCCAGCAUUUGAUUCAAUUUUGCUACUAUCUAAUGGGAAGAUCAUGAAAUCUGGUACCUUUGAUGAGUUGUUGUCAAAGAGUAAGGAAUUUCAGGACCUUGUUAAUGCACAAAAAACUCCUUCUGAUCCUAAAUGUCAAGAAGUUUAUGCUUCUAAUAAAAGUCCUAAAGCUGCUGAGAUAGAGAGUGAUAAUAAUGUUUCCUCCGAGGAACGUGAUGAGGUAGAUUCUUUAGAAGGAGACCAAUUAAUCAAAGCAGAAGAACGAGAAGUAGGAGAUGCUGGAUUGAAGCCAUACAUACAAUAUCUAAAGCAUUACAAAGGAUUCUUGUAUUUCUCCUUGGCAGCCAUUGCACACACAAUGUUUGUAGUUGGUCAGUAUAUACAGAGUUACAAGUUGGCUAUUGACCUUCAAGAUUCCAGCAUUAGCAGAUUAAAGCUAAUCAACGUCUACGCAGUCAUUGGUUUUGGUUUAAUAAUCUUUCUGGGUAUAAGAUCCUUAUUAACAGUAAAGAUGGGGCUUGAUGCAUCAAAAUCAGUUAACUCUACACUGUCAAACUCUCUUUUCUUUGCACCAAUGUCUUUUUUUGACUCAACGCCUUUAGGAAGAAUACUUAGUCGGAUAUCUUCAGAUAUGAGCAUUGUUGACAUCGAGUUGCCUUUCUUAAUAAACUUUACUGUAGGAUCAAUCAUUAUUCUAUACUCUACCUAUGUCAUCCUGUGCUUUUUCGCUCCAGAGGUCCUGCUGGUUAUCGUGCUUAUGAUUUACGUAACUAUACUAGUUCAGAGAUACUAUAAUGCUUCUGCUAAAGAGCUGAUGAGAUUAAAUGGAACGACAAAGUCUUUAGUCGCCAAUCAUUUAGCUGAAAGCAUUUCUGGGAUAACGACGAUUCGAGCUUCUGCACAGGAAGGACGUUUCUUUUUCAAGAACUUAAAGUUUAUUGAUAAAAAUGCUAGGACAAUUUUCCAUACUUUCUCAGCAACUGAAUGGUUAAUUCUACGUUUGGAAAUAAUAUGCACGAUUAUCAUGUCGUCAUGGAUGCUUGGCAUGACUUGGCUUCACAGAGGGAGUUCUAUAUCCGGACUUACUGGAAUGGCAUUCUCCUAUGGCCUUUCACUAAAUGCAGCUCUUGUUUUGUGUGUUCGAUGGCAAUGCACGAUAGCAAAUUCUAUAGUCUCUAUAGAGAGACUAGAACAAUACAUGAGAAUACCUAGUGAAGAAUCUGAACAAGUGCAAACAAACCACCCUCUACCUGGUUGGCCUACGCUUGGCAAAGUGGAAAUUCACGACCUAAAGGUGAGGUACAGGCCAAAUGCUCCAUUAGUUCUUCAAGGUAUUAGUUGUACAUUUGAAGGGGGACAAAAGAUUGGAGUUGUAGGCAGAACAGGCAGUGGGAAAACAACUCUUAUCAGUGCAUUGUUUCGCCUAGUUGAGCCUACAGAUGGCAAGAUAAUCAUCGAUGAAUGUGAUAUUUCAACGAUUAGGCUUCAUGACCUUAGGUCGCAUAUUGGAAUUAUUCCACAAGAUCCUACACUCUUUACAGGUUCUGUAAGAUACAAUUUAGACCCCUUAUCAGAAUAUAGUGAUGACCAGAUAUGGGAAGUUCUUGAUAAGUGUCAGCUUAGAGAGGCUGUCCAAGAAAAAGAAGGGGGACUAGAUUCCUCAGUUCUACAAGAUGGAUCAAAUUGGAGCAUGGGACAGAGACAAUUGUUCUGUCUGGGACGCGCAUUAUUGAAGAGGAGUCGAAUUCUAGUGUUAGAUGAAGCUACUGCAUCCAUUGACAAUGCUACAGAUGCAAUUUUGCAGAAAACAAUCAGGCUAGAAUUUGCAGACUGCACAGUUAUAACAGUUGCUCACAGAAUUCCAACAGUCAUGGAUUACACUAAAGUUUUAGCAAUAAGUAAUGGGAGGUUAGUUGAGUUUGAUGAGCCAAAGAAGUUGAUAAACAAAGAGGGUUCACUAUUUGGAAUGCUUGUUAAAGAAUAUUGGGCUCGUACACAAAAGUGA